UAUAUAUAUAUAUAAUAUAAUUAUACUCCAGAAAAACGUAUGAGAAAGACUUAGUCUGUACCUGCCACAGGCUCACCUGUAAUUACACACACGCAUAUAUAUACACAUAGGCCUUCGGUACGCAGAUACCGCAUCGUCGAAUCAAACCGUGGGAGUGUAUAUAUAUCCACGCAGCGAUGUCGUUAAGUAAUGAUAAUAAUGUGCCGCAAGCGAGGCUCUGCCACGUUGUUAAAUGGGAAGACUUUGACGGGUAUGGAUUCAAUUUGCACGCCGAGAAGGGCAAGAAUGGACAAUACAUCGGCAAAGUUGACGAAGGCUCGCCCAGCGAGGCUGCGGGCCUUAAGCAAGGUGACAGAAUCGUCGAAGUGAACGAGAUCGACAUAUCGAACGAAACUCACAAGCAGGUGGUUGAACGUAUCAAAGCGUUUCCGAACGAGACCAAAUUGCUGGUAGUCGAUCAACAGGCCGACGAUUACUUCAAGGCCAACAACAUCAUCAUCAAAGGCACCCUACCUAAUGUCAAGGUCAUAAAAACUCCCGAGAAAAAUCCCGCAUCCGAGGAAGAUCAGACCACCAAUUACGCUCGGUCCAUUGGCAGCAACAGCAGCUUCGACGAGAGUGCUCAAAAAUCAGUCAGCUCAACGGACAGCGGCAGUACAGCACCGACAGUUGUGAACAACAAUUCUGGCAUUGAACAAUCACGGGAAAAUGGUAGCAGAAUUGAUCAGGACGAGAACAAUGAAAAUAAUGGAAGUGCCGGAAGCGGUAACGGAAACGUUCCAAACAUCAGCGCAGGUGAACAGAAGGGUUUAAACUUGAAAAUGAGCGCGAAAGAAUUGCGCGCAAAGUUGGCUGCCCGCAAGAAAUUUGAUCCGAAAAAGGAAUCGAUGGAUUUCAAAUUGAAAUUCGACAUUGUUCAAAAGUUGUAAUAUAAUUUCAUUUUUUUUCUGUCCAAUUUGUUUUGUUUUCUUUUUUUUCCCCACCCUUCUCGUCUUAAUCCCUCUAUAAUACGCGUUUCUUGUGCGUCAUAACCAAUUGUUAUUAUUAUUUGUACACACACACACAUGCACGCACACAAAAAUAUAUACAUAUUUGGAAACCAGACAAAAAAAAUUAACAGAGGUAAAGAGAACAGAAUUUUUUUUUUGCUUCACGCGAUUUAAAGAUUUUAAUUUCAUUAUUCUACCGCUAAUUGUCGACGAGAGAUAGACGGAGAGCGGAAUUGACGAUCAGAUGCAUAUCAUAGUAUAAUAAUUGCAAAAAAAAUUCGAGCGCACAUAUGGAAUAAUCGACUUAUAUGUAUACUUAU